AUGAACAGGUCCAGCUGGGAUAAAAUGGUCCCCCAGUCUCCAGUCACUAGGAUGACCCGCAGCUCCCAGACCAGGCACAGCGACCCCGCUGAGACCCAGGACGCUGGGCUCGGUCCCGGUUCCUUUGGAAAACAGCGACGGAAGCAGACUGACUCUGCUUUGGCUCAGGACCUCCGUCAGAUGAGUGUGAGCAGACGGGAGAGUUUACCUACAAGGUGGGGACUAACCAGCAGCGGCCUCAUGCAGGCUGGACAGUCCCCUGGGUCCAGAUCUGCGUCCUCGUCCCAGGGCGGUCUGGCCUCUGUUGCUCGGCUGGUGAAGCUCGGCCGCUGUAAGAACGUGGUGGUGGUGGCCGGAGCGGGAAUCAGCACAGCCAGUGGCAUCCCAGACUUCAGAACUCCAGGAACCGGUCUUUACGCCAACUUGGAGAAGUACGACGUCCCUAACCCAGAAGCUAUUUUCAACAUUGAUUACUUCUCCAACGACCCUCAGCCUUUCUUCUCCCUGGCCAAGGCUCUGUAUCCUGGCAGCCACCGGCCAAACUACAUCCACUACUUUCUCCGCAUGCUUCAUCACAAAGGCUUGCUGCUCCGAAUGUACACCCAGAACAUCGACGGGCUGGAGAAACUGUGUGGCAUCCCAGAUGACAAACUUGUGGAAGCGCAUGGUGGUUUUGCUACGGCUGCCUGUCACCUGUGCUACACUGUGUUCCCUGCGGAGGAGGCGAAGCAUGCCAUCAUGAACGACUCCAUCCCUGUUUGCACGUUCUGUGCUGCAACAGUCAAACCUGACGUUGUAUUUUUUGGAGAGGACCUUCCUCAGAAGUAUUUCCUCCACACGGCAGACUUCCCCAAAGCAGACCUGCUCAUCGUUAUGGGCACGUCGUUACAGAUUGAGCCAUUUGCCAGCCUGGUGAACACGGUGCGCUCCACGGUGCCACGCCUCCUCCUAAACCGGCACGCCGUGGGUCCCUUUGAGGAGGCCCCGCCGCGGAGAGGAGACCACAUGGAGCUCGGUGACCUGGAGCAUUCAGUGCGGAGGUUUGCGGAAAUGCUCGGCUGGAACGAUGAGAUCGAGGAGCUGAUGAGGAGUCAGGAAACACUGAGCAUCCCUACAUUGAUGAGCAGCCCGCCAGCUGGCGGUCAGACAUCUUGUCAGAACAGAGGAGCUCCAGAGCCUCCAGGUGGCAUGGAAACAUCCACGUCCAGACCAGGAGGUCAAAGGGCAUCUAACAGCGGGGGCGAGGAGACGGACUCAGAGACGGACAGCAAGAGCUCUGCUUCGUCCUGCCAGAGCAUCUGA